GUUUAGAAGUGAAAACGCAUUUCUACAACUACUCCCAGCAUUGCUUUUAGCAACACUAUCGACUUUACAAUUAUGGCUGAUCAACAGGACGAUGUCUGUGCUUUACUGAACGAUUCUGGUGAACCUGCCCUGGAGCGAGCCAUUGCCAAAGCCAGAGAAGUAGUAGAUAGGUUAGAUAAUGUAGUGCUCAACAUUGCUGUAACAGGAGCAACUGGGGCAGGGAAGUCCACCUUUGUCAAUGCUUUCAGGGGUCUUAAAGAUACAGAUCAAGGAGCAGCAAAAACUGGAGAGGUAGAAACCACUACAGAGCCUGAAAUGUACCCCCACCCAAAUAUGCCCAAUGUGAGAAUCUGGGACCUGCCAGGGAUUGGGACUAAACAAUUCAAAGCAGAGACCUACAUAAAAGAUGUUAAGUUUCAAAACUAUGACUUUUUCAUCAUUAUUGGUGAAAAAAGAUUCAGGGAAUAUGACAUUAUGCUGGCAAAUGAAAUUAAAAAGAAAAAAAAGAAUUUCUACUUUGUUCGUUCCAUGAUUGACCAAGAUGUAAAAAACGCUGCAAGAAGAGGGAAGAGUGAGGAGGAGACUCUUCAACAAAUUAGAAAGAACUGUGAGGAAAAUCUUAGGGAACUGGGAUCUCCUCCUUUCUUCCUGAUCUCAUCUGCUUUCCUGGAGAAAUUUGAAUUCGGAAAGCUCCUAAAUGUUCUAGAGAGAGAUCUUCCAGAGCACAAGAGGGAUGCGCUACUUAUGAGUGUGCCUGUUUAUUCCAAACAGUGUCUUGAAAAGAAAUACAACACAUUUCAGAAAGCAGUCUGGGCUUUGGCUGUUUUGUCAGGUGGCAUAGCAGCCGCCCCAGUGCCAGGUCUUUCAACUGCAUGUGAUGUUGCCAUUGUAGCAGCCUUCUUCACCAAAUGCUACCAUUCGUUUGGUCUAGAUGAUAAAUCCCUUAUAGAGCUGGGUGAGCCGCACCUGGGCGAGGCCUGCCAGACCUAUAUGAGGGAGACUCCUAGUUCUUCCAACAAGAGCAGCCUCAUCAAGUUUCUGGUGGAAGAAUGGAAACAUCCACAGUACAGACAAUUGCUGCAUGGCAAAAUUCUGUUCAUCACCUGUGAAGAAACGUGUUACAAGCUGACAAAGGAGAAGUCACUUCGGCAGUUAGGACUGCAGGUCGUGGUGGUGCAGCAGCACGGGGCGCAGCCUUCCUGGAGACUGGUCUAA